AUGCCCGCCAGGAGGGUCUCGGAACGGACGCCGCUUCUGGCGCAGCGCACGCCACCAACGCGGCGCACAAGUCUGGCAGAUUCCAUCAAUGAGGCACGAAAGAAAUGGCAAGACAAGUACCAUCCCAGCAAAGCACGGCCACGCGAUUUGUUUGUCCUGUUCGCAUGGCUGUGUCUCCUCGUCUUUGCCAUCAUCCAAGUCGCAGGGCUGGACGAUCGGCGUGUGUUGGACCAAGUAUGCAUAUCACGCGAGUGUGUGAUGGCUGCUACGGGGCUUAUGCGCUCCAUGAAUACCACCGCCGAUCCUUGCGACGACUUUUACGAGUAUGCGACCGGCGGCUGGCGCGCGUCGCAUAGCCUCCCGGACGAUAAAAGCCGGAUUGGCAUAUUUGACGACGUGGAUACGAACAAUGAGGCUGUUUUGCGCUCCAUCUUUACUGGGCCUGUGGACGAUGCUUGGAGCAAUGUCGAUCGUGCGAAUGUACACAAGCUACAGACGUGGUAUGCGUCGUGCAUGAACACCUCGGCGCUGGCGCAGCAGGGCGAUGCGCCUCUUCGCGCCACAAUUGAGGCCAUGCCAUCCGGCCACUCGAGCGCCGCCGUCGCAAAGAGCGUGGCGUACUUGCAUCAGUAUGACUUCCCGGCAUGGUUCGACGUAUCGAUUGAAGGCGACGAAGGCGAGGCACCCACGAUAGGCACACCCGUGGUGGCGCCAAGCGGCCUAAGCUUGCCAGAUCCCACGUACUACCAGGACAAUGAUACAAUGCAUCUAUUCAAGGAGGCCGUGCACAUGGCCGCCCGAUCGCUGCGUGCUGUGGACGUGCCCUUCACCACCGCGCAGGCCGACGAUGUCGUCGCGCUGGAAUCCAAGUUGGCCGCCAUUACGCCCUCGGCUGUCGCCAUGUCGGAUCCUAUGGACGUGUACAAUCCGAUGACAUUCAAAGAACUUCAGCGUCUGUGCCCCUCUGUGGACUGGCACGCGUACUUUGCCGCAAUGGGCGCACGUACGUCGCCGCACCGUGUCAUCGUACGAAGCAAAGCGUACCUGCACGAUCUCGAUGCCGUGUGGCGCUCUACCUCGGCUGCGACGCGCCAAGCGUAUGCCCAGUGGAAAAUGGUGCUUCAUGCCGGUGCGUGGCUGAGCCCUGACGCUCCGUUGGCCCAGCCAGGGCGCCGUCUUCGCAAUGCAUUGCAGGGCCUGGCGCCCGACACGGAGAUGGAUCGGUCGCAUGUAUGUGUGCAGCGUGUGAAUCGCGCGCUCGGUUUCAUGGCCGGCCGUUACUACGUGAAGCGAGCCUUGAAGCCAGGGGACCGUGUGCGUAUGACCGAGCUGAUCGAGGCACUUCGGCAAGCGUUUUACCAUCGCUUGGAUACGAUUCCCUGGCUGGACGACGAUACACGAGACGCUGCGCGUGCCAAGGCGGAGGCGAUGACCAUUCGUAUAGGCUUCCCUGACGAGCCCAAGACAAAGAGCGCUCAUGCGAUGCAGGCAUGGUACACGGAUCUGCCUGCGACGGACGACGCGUACGCCAACGAGCUCGCUGCUCGACGAUGGCAGUCGACGAAGGCAUGGUCGUACCUAGGCGCGCCACUGAAUCUACGUGGCCUCGGCGAUAUGACGACAGUCAUGGUAAAUGCCGAGUACAUUCCACCGUUCAACCAGAUUGUAUUCCCAGCCGGCAUUUUGCAGCCGCCGUUCUUCGACAGUGCCUGGCCGAUGUACAUGCAGUUCGCCGCGAUCGGUAUGGUGGCAGGUCACGAACUGUCGCAUGCGUUUGAUCCGCAUGGCCGGUUGUACGAUGCGAAGGGCUACUUGCGCGACUGGUGGACACCUGCGACGGCCAAGGCCUAUGAGGAGCGCCAGGCGUGCAUCGAAGCGCAAUACGGCAACUACUCCAUGGACGACGGCAAGGGCGGUCGUGCGUAUAUCCAAAGCCGACUCACCGUUGGCGAAGACGUGGCGGAUGCCGGCGGCCUUGCACAGAGCUACCGCGCAUGGCAAGCCACGAUGCAGUAUGGCGGCCUGAAAGUGUACGAGCAGAACCGACGCUUGCCUGGCCUUGAUGACAUGACGCAGGAGCAGCUGUUUUUCCUUUCGUUCGCACAGAUCUGGGCUUCUCAGCAGCGGACCGAGGAGGCCGUCCGCUUGAUCAAGACGGAUCCGCACUCCCCCGAGCGGUUCCGUGUGAAUGGCGCGCUGGCCAACUUCCCACCGUUUGCCAAGGCGUUUGGAUGCCGCGCAGGGCCCACCUCGUUUGUCCACGACGAGCAAACACGUUGCGACAUUUGGUAA